AUGCAGUACCUACCCUCACGAGAAGCCGCCAAGAUACUUGGCCUCCACCCUCACACCCUGCGCCGAUACGCCGACACCGGCAUCAUCCCCUACAUAAAAACCCAGAGCGGACAACGCAGAUAUGACGUCCAAACCUACCUCGGUAAUUCCAAGCCCAACACCACCAUCUGCUACUGCCGGGUCUCCAGCCACAAGCAGACCGGCGACCUCCAACGCCAGGUCGCUUUCAUGCAACAGCAGUACCCCAACGCUGAAAUCAUCACCGACGUCGCAUCCGGACUCAACUACCGGCGCAAGGGACUUGCUACCAUACUGGAACGAAUUCACCAAGGCGAUAAGCUCACGCUUGUGGUUGCCUACCGAGACAGGCUCGCCCGGUUCGGCACCGAACUCAUCGAGCAGAUGCUCCAGCAAAACGGUGGCGAACUCCUGGUUCUCAACCAGCGAGAUCUCAGCCCCCCAGAGGAACUCACCCAGGAUCUACUCGCCAUCCUUACUGUCUUCUCUACCAGAGCCAACGGACUCCGCAGAUACCGCAAGAAAAUCCAAGAGGAUAAGAAUCUACCCAGACCGGCAACAGAAAGCCAAGCUUAA